AUGCGUCUUGGUGUUAUUACGACUUGCCGCUCCCUACGUCUGGACAGUCAUAUGGGUGUCCCUCUAGCGGAUAGCGUGCGGUAUCCGAUUGGAAAGGAGGAAGCUCUACGCUGCCUCUCAGUUACUUUGGGUCUCGUCGGCACGACGGUCCUCGGAUACUGUUUCGCUGGACGCUCCUACAAUGUACGCUUUACAAUAAGCGGCCUAAGGCGGAUCAGCAUGACAAAGUGUCUCCUCCUCUUACUUUUCCUCGAUUCGUGGCUCUUCGUCUUUAUCGCCGCGGUCCUCGUCAAUGGCAUUGGUCUCUCCCUUAACGCGAGCGCAUGCACAAUGGGUAUCGUCUUGUGCAUUGUAUUCUACUGUGCGUCCAAGCUCUUUAUAUACCUCUUUCUCCUCGAAAAGAUUUACGUCGUCUGGCCACACAAGAGCAGCCGUUUCUCGUCUAGAGCGUAUCGAGUAGGCCUCACUGGUGUCGUUGCGCUGGUUAUCAUCUUUGUCAGUAUGAUUACAGGCCGGAUCACGUUUAUCCGCGAGGACGGGCAAUGUGUUAUCGGACUUCACAGACUAGCAUCGAUCACAUCGCUUUUGAUGGAUCUCUUUGCCAACAUCUUAUUGACUUCCAUGUUUCUCUGGCCCCUAUGGAGGUCCAACUUACUCUCGCCCAACAUCAAGAGGGUCGCGACGAGAACAUUGGUGUCAUCCAUGGUGUCGCUAACCUUCUCAGUCGCCAAUAUGGCAGUCCUGAUUGCCCUCAAGGGACACGAGUUGGCGUUUAUUUGCCUUGCCUUUUGCUCAACAGAUGUUGUCGUCAAUGCCGUCUCACUUUAUUGGCUCACCCAUCCUCACGCCUCCGCCGACUGUCCCCAAGUCGACCCACCGAAUCGAAUCAGGUCACCAAUGGAGCUUACACGGACUACUCGCACCGAAGUCGGGUCUAACCCUGAAAGUAGUUCUAGAACUCGCAGCGUGACCGUUGCGUCUGCCAAGACGGUCAAAGGAGAAGAAGAAGACAGGACAUGUAUACACGAAGAGACCAACUCGCGCGCAUUUUUUUCAACUCUGGGCCACCAUGAUGAUCCUAAUCAAGGACGACAAACCAUGCCCUUUACCUCUCUUCCGGCUGUACCAUGUAGUUCCUCACCUACUCCUGACCAGAAGCGGCACUCUGUCGGCGUAUUCAUUGAGCCACCAGCAAAUGAAGAUCAACCCUCAUUCUUUGGACGACUUUUCGGACGUGAUAAAGGUCAGGACGGUGACCAUCCAGCGGCAAGCGAGUCAGUUGGGAGGGUCUCGCUCCCGAGUGCUGGUCGGACAAGCUUUAGCACGCGUGCGGCAAUGGACUCGACGAGACAAAAGCGGAGUGAUCGACGAGUAGCAGAAGAACUCAGUAUACAAGUCACCGUGGACACGACGACGUAUAUGGAAGAAGAGAGGCGUGUGGGUAUUCAUAUCCUUGUACAAGAUGCCAUGAAUAUCGUCGGGUUCGACCUGCGCACAUGGCUUGGCAUGUGCCACAUUGGAAAUGCCGAGAUGAGGCUGGUCAUCUCUGUCACAAAUCGGCCUAAUGUUGGUGCGGGUUACGACUUGCCGCUCCCCACGUCUGGACAGUCAUGGGCGUCUCUCCAGCGGAAAGCGUGCGGUAUCCGAUUGGAAUGGAGGAAGCUCUACGCUCCCUCUCGGUUACUUUGGGUCUUGUCGGUGAGUGCUCGUCGCCCGAGUAGGCCGUUUGUUCAGUUUGGUCGACUGGAAAUAGGCACGACGGUCCUCGGAUACUGUUUCGCUGGACGCUCCUACAAUGUACGCUUUACACUAAGCGGCAUGAGAGCGAUCAACGUGACAAAGUGGCUGCUCCUCUUACUUUUCCUUGAUUCGUGGCUAUUUGUCUUUAUCUCCGCAGUCCUCGUCAACGGCAUUGGCCUCUCCCUCAGCGCUGGUGCAUGUACGAUGGGUAUCGUCUCAUGCAUUGUAUUCUACUGCGCCUCCAAGCUCUUUAUCUACCUCUUUCUCCUGGAAAAAGUUUACAUCGUCUGGCCGCACAAGGGUCGCCGUUUCUCGUCUACAGCGUAUCGAGUAGGCUUCACCGGCGUCGCUGCAGUCGUAAUCAUCUUUGUCAGUAUGAUUACAGGCCGGAUCGCUUUUAUCCGCGAGGAUGGGCAAUGCGUUAUUGGGCUUCACAGGCCAGCCUCGCUCACAGCGCUCUUGAUGGAUCUCUUUGUCAACAUUUUGUUAACUGCCAUGUUCCUUUGGCCUCUGUGGAGGUCCAACUUGCUCUCGCCCCCUAUCAAGAGGGUCGCGACGAGGACGCUGGUGUCAUCCAUGGUAUCGCUAACCGUCUCCGUCGUCAAUCUAGCUGUCCUCACUGCUCUCAAGGGACACGAGCUAGCGUUUAUUUGCCUGGCAUCCUGCUCUACAGAUGUCGUCGUCAAUGCCGUCUCACUCUACUGGCUCACUCGUCCUCAGUCAUCCACCAAUUCAUCUUCUGUUGGCCAGCGGAGCCCAAUCACACCUCCAGUCGAGUUUACGCGCGUUACUCGAACCGAAGUCAGGUCCAAGCCAGACACCCGUUCGAAGACCCGGAGCGUGACCUUUGCGCCUGCCAAAGGGCUCGCAAAGGAAGACGAAACGACUGGCCCCUCGACCACAUCUCUAUGUAACGACACCUCCAAGAUGUAUAAUCACGAAGAGACCGACUCGCGUCCAUUCUUUUCGACCUUGGGCCACUACGAUGAUCCUAAUCAAACUCGACAGACCAUACCCUUUACCUCCCUUCCAGCUGUACUAUACGUCUCAUCACCCACUUCCAACCAGAAGCGGCACUCUGUGGGCGUAUUCAUCGAACCUCCGACAAACGAGGGCCAAACCUCGUUCUUUGGACGACUUCUCGGGCGUGAUACCAGUCUUGAUGACCAAAACUCUGCAACAAGUGACUCGGUUGGAAAGGUUUCGCGGGUCUCGCUCUCGAGUGCUGGUCGGACAAGCUUUAGUACACGUGCGGCGAUGGACUCGACGAGGCACAAGCGGAGCGACCGACGAGCAGCAGGGGAUCUCAGCGUGCAGGUUACAGUGAAUACGACGACGUAUAUGGAAGAAGAGGCGAAUGAAGAGAUGUGUGUGGGAUAUGCGAUCUGA